AUAACACCAAGUAAGUCGAGAAAAAAGAAGAAAUUGACAAUUAUGAUGAGUAUCAGUUGCGCUGUAGCCUUUGUUGUGAGUUUGAGUUUGUGUGUCACAAAUAACAAUUCUCCACAAUGUGUGCUUUACGUGUAAAUCAUAUCUUCGAUCUCCCGGAGGAUUUGUUGCAGCACAUCAUCUCCUUUCUUCCGCUGAGUGAUCGUAAAUCCGCAUCGCUGGUAUGCUCGGUAUGGCGCGAUCAAGCCUUUUCCUUCACAAGCAUGGACUGCGUUAAACUUUGUGUCAAAGAGCUGAUGGUCGAGAACCGUGACUUCGAUGUAUUGCUCAAAACUACGCGGCGCUAUCGGCAUUUGGUGUUGACUUUUGGACAUCGUCCGUGCAACAAUCUUGAUCUGGCCAGGGUGAUGAAACUCGUAGCGAGAUUGGGAGACAGCAUUCAAAGUUUCAUCCUACUGAGUGACUGUACGGCAGUUCAGUUGCAACAAUUUUUGAUACAUUUCCCCAAAUUGAAAUUGAUCAUGGCAAAUAUAAUUGACGCAGAUAACGAAGCAGCUGAAAACGAACAAUUUCCAGUAAUGGAAUACUUGAAGGAGAUUCGUGCUAGAAGCAAAACGCUCAAAGAUCUUUGGCCGGCAGCUCCGAACAUUCGAAGGCUGAGUGUGCACUUUUCGAACAGGGAAAAUAGUCUGAAUCAAUCGUUGGACAUCAUGGCUCGAUACGGGCCGCAGCUACAAUUUCUGGAGCUGUGUGCAUCCUUCAUUCGCGUACGUUUCGAUCAGUUCAAUUUAGGCCAGUUGCAAAGCUUGAAACUAUGGAACGUGAACACUGAUCGUGACGAAGAGCUGCUAUGCAAAAUGUUUGAGAAAUUACCUCUUCUGCGCACGGCUUUUCUUCACUUCAGCUUAUCAGCGGAUUUGCUGCGAGUAAUAUGCAGUGAGUGUCCUCGACUCGUCAAACUGCGAAUCAGGGCCGAUAAGUUGGAUGGCGACAGUGUGAGAUACGUGAAUAAGCUGAAGGGCUUGCGGGUUCUUUUCGUCGAUGGACACAUGAAAUCGGAUUUCCUUGAUGAUUGUUCUGUCAUGAACAGUGUUGAAUACUUUUCCCUAUCCAAAAAUCCUCUCGUGAAUGAUGGGGUCCCUAUAGAUCGGUUGAGCAAUGUAUUUCCAAAGCUGAGGAUUUUGAGGAUGGACCUUUCCUACGGUUUGAAAAUGAACGAGAUGCUGGCUUGGAAUAUUUGUGACAGCUUCGAGCACCUGAAGUGCUUAAUCAUCGACGGCAUGCACAUGUGCACGUUUGGUACCAUCGAGGAAGUUUCACCGUUGGCCUUCCUACAGCUGAUGCAGAUGACAAGUUUGGAAGAACUCACGCUGAGUUGCAUGCGGUGGAAUACCAAUAGGGCCUUGCGCCAGGUUCACUUCGAAUGUUUGUUUACCAGUCUGUUUCAUGAGCAUUUCGAAAAUUGUAACGGGGAAGGAAGACCGAGCAAUGUUAGACGACUUACGUUGAAAAACUGUUACCGUAUGACGGGGGAUAGUUUGCCGAUUGUUGUACGACGCUUUCCAAAGUUGCGGUAUUUAGAAAUUGGUCGAUGCCGGAUGCUGUUGAAGGAAGAUGCACAUGAAGAUUCUAUUCGUCAAUCGCUACCCGACUGUGAGGUUCGCAUUGUUGGGUGGGAGAGAUUGAAUGGACCCAUAAUCAGGUCAGUAGACUGAUGCCAUAAGUAAGUGUUUGAUUAUGAUCAUGUAUUAAUUACAAGAGCGACUUUUAACAACCCAAAUCCUCAACCCUCACCCCAUUCCCCUCAUCACCUUUUUACAACGAUGAUUUGUUAGCGUUAGAAGACGUAAGAUCUCCCUACUUCUAUUCCCACAACCUUACGUUAUUAGUGCGUAGUAAGUAAUAAGUAAUAGAUAUUCAAUUAAAAAUUCGAACCUCAAAAACAUUUUUAGAAAAAUUUAGUUGUAAUAAACAAGCAUCAAAUUAUCCUACAUUGAAAAUAGAUCAAGUUCACCGGAACGAAAUAUUUUUUAUACAUUAGACCAGGAACAAAAUCAUCAACUACAAUCAAUAUUCUUGUGCCAUAUAUAAAAUGAAUAAACCACCUGAACAUUAAGAA